AUGUUUGAUGAUAAUAUUGAUUUUUUUUGCUGUUUAAAAGUACCAAAAUUAGAAUAUUUUAUAUUGAAGAGUGCUGUUGUCGAUGACUUAGAAUUUGUUUGUUUAAAAUGGCUUCUUAAUAAUAUUAAUUAUGUUAAAAAACUUCAAAUUGAUUUAUGUAGUAGAGUUGUAUGGAGAUCAGAUCAAAUGAUAUGGAAAUCUUUAAUUGAUGCAAAUUUUAUUCGCCAAUAUUGUUUACCUGAUCAAAUAGUUAAUUUAGAAGAUUUUCGUUUUUAUAUUCGUGCAAAUUGUCAAUUAUCAUCAUAUGAUAUUGAAAAAAUAAUAAAUUCUUUUAAAAUUAACUCUUUUUUUAUUUCCCAUCAAUGGACAAAUGUGAAAUGUUUUUAUAAUGAAGGUGCAUCAUAUCAACAUAUAUUUUCUUCUAUUCUUGAUAAAUAUCAAUGCUUUGAUCAUUUAUUGUAA